GAGGUAGCCUAUUUCUGAUUUUUUGGGUGAUUGGAUAAUUCAGCAUUAUCAGCACUAUGCCGUCACUCAUAUUAACCUUGUCACCAUUGGUGCCGGAUCUACGUGCGUUUUGCAUUACUACAUGCCACACCUUUACAGUAAAAAGACAUUCUUCAUCCAAACGAUGGCAGGCGCGUCAACAAAAGGAUCGCUAUACGCGGGAAGCGACAGUGCAAGGAUUGAAGAGUCGGGCAGCUUUUAAAUUAUUACAAAUCGAUGAGAAAUACCGUAUCUUUAGAAGCGGCCAGACCGUAGUUGAUUUGGGUUAUGCUCCUGGCUCUUGGUCGCAGGUAGCAGUCGAUCGCACCAAACCGAACGGCCGAGUCCUCGGUGUCGACAUAAUACCAGCACAACCGCCCAGAGGCGUAUCUACGAUACAAGGCAACUUUCUGUCAGCGGAAGUACAGAAAUAUGUCCAAGGCUUUUUAUGCGAUCCAAGGAGAGGCAGACCUUAUGAAGACGGGUACAUAAUGCCUGGUAGAGGCUCCGAAGACUUUUCACAACAUGCUUUAGAUAUCGAAGCAGGGAAUCCAGGAGCGAAUCGGGAGAGCGAUUCAGAGCUCAAGACAGUAGAUGUGGUUCUAAGCGAUAUGAUGAUGAAUACCAGCGGCGUAAGCUUCAAAGAUCAUGCUGGAAGCAUGGAUCUAUGUCAUGCUGCAUUACAAUUCGGUUACAACGUCCUCAAGACUGGUGGGAAUUUUGUCUGCAAAUUCUACCAAGGAGCCGAAGAUAAGGAACUCGAAAAGCAGCUCAGAGAACUGUUUCGAAGAGUCCAUAGACUAAAGCCAGAAUCGUCGCGUAACGUAUGCGCCGCACAUGAGAGUAUCAUCGGCGUCCGCUGAUAAUAUCUGUAGGAAUCGAAGGAAGCAUACUUCAUCGGUCUCGAACGGAGAAGCUAAAUAUUUGGGAAAUCGAUGUGCAUGCAUUGGG